AAUUUAGUAAUUUACUUUUUUUUUUUUCCCCCGAUUUCUUGUUUCAUCUCCUUUGUCCAAUCGGCCAUGGCGUCUGCUUCGCAUGCUCUCUUAUCCCCAAACGGCUGCGUUUUGGCUUCGCCGAAGCCUCUCGACAGAUUCUUCUUCAGGUCCAAGUUCGCCGGACGGAAGCAUUUCCUCUCCGUCGUCAGAGCUUCUUCCGAUGAUCCCGAUUGUAAUGAGGAAGAAUGCGCUCCCGACAAAGAGGUCGGGAAGGUGAGCGUGGAAUGGUUGGCCGGAGACAAGACUAAAGUGGUGGGAACGUUUCCGCCUCGAAAACGUGGUUGGACUGGUUAUGUCGAGAAGGACACCGCUGGUCAGACCAACAUCUACUCUGUCGAGCCUGCAGUGUAUGUAGCAGAGAGCGUGAUAAGUUCGGGAAAUGCAGGAUCUUCAUCCGAAGGGGCGGAAAAUACCGCGGCCAUAGUAGCAGGCCUUGCCCUUAUCUCGGUUGCAGCUGCUUCCUCCAUCCUCCUCCAAGUGGGCAAAACUCCGACCCAACCUCAGGCAACACAAUACAACGGGCCGUCUCUCAGUUAUUACAUCAACAAGUUCAAGCCGCCGGAAAUUAUCGAAACUUCUGUCCCGGCCGAGACAGAAGCUCCUCCACCGGUGGCCGAGCAAGAAACUCCGGCCGUCGAGGCUCAGCCUGAGGUUUCUUCUGCUCCAUCCACCACGAGUACUGCUGUCUCUGAAGGGGUUUAGUUUAUUUUUUGUAGAGAGACGCAAAUUCUUGACCUUUUCCAUAUACUUGGAUGUAUGUUUUUAACUAUUUGAGUUGAAUUUCAUAUAUCAUUUGAAACUCGAACUCUGAGUUUGGGAAA